GCUAUAAAAUAAUUAGGAAAGAAGUGAAGGCAUUAUCCCGAAAAAGAUCGAAGCUUUCUUCUCUUCUCUCUCGUUCUGAACGAACGAACACUCGUCUCUGUAACUGAGAGAGACCCCAAAGCCAAAGCCAAAGGCUUCACCUUUGAUCUGAAAAGGUAACUUCCAUGGAGGAACAGAGAGAAGAAAGUGAGUCCCUUUCUGAUUCCAGAGUGCCCUUGGAGGAGGAAACUGGUAAAAUUGAAACCCUAGUUGAUGUUCCGCCAUGCAUCCAAGAUGCCAACGCUUUAGAGGUUUCGGAUGCAGUUACUAAGGAGGCUGGUGAUGUUGAAAAGACAGAUGCUUUCAACGAGAAUUGUCAAAUGGAGUGUGAGGGAGAUGCUGAUGUGAAUGGCGCAGGAGAAGAGGAGACUGUUGGCAAUAAAGUGACUGAUGAAGAAGAGGCGAACUGUGAAGUUGAAGAAGAUACCCCAGGAACUGUUUUGGAAGUUAGCCCUUCUGCUGCUGAAACAUGUGUUGAGGAAGAUGCAACAACCCAUAAAGAAGCAAACGGAGAGGCCAUGGAUAUCGAUUAUACUGAAGAGGAGGAAACGGUGGAGAAGGUUGUUUUGGAUGAUGAUGCUGGUGCAAGUUUGGUGGUGCCAACCCAAGAUGUUCCAAUACCUGAAGCUGACAGCAACGCUUCCAAUGUAGUGAAGGGAAUAGAAGUUGAUGAAACGAAAGAUGAUGCUGAUAUGGCAACAAAUCCAAACAGUUCCACUGAAGAUGCUGCUGAUCCAGGUGAAGUUGAACCGUUGGAUCAGAACGGUCUUUUUGAUCCAAGGUCUGAUAUUACCAGCUUUAUUGACUUCAGUGGUGUAUCAUCUUGGUCAGGGAAUAUACAAGACCACCUUAAAACUGAAACUGGGAAUGUAUCUUUGAAAGAGGAUAAGAAAGCAGCUACCGUCGUCACCGCAGAGGAAGAAGUUGCCACGGAGGAGGAUAACGCUGAAGGUGUUGAAAAUGCUUCCAAUGAAGCACAUGUUGCUACACAGUGUCCAGAAGAGGCUUCUGAUGCAAUUUUAGGAUCUGACGAAAACCAAGACGAGAAGGAUCAACAAGAUACAAGGAGGGAGGGAGGUGACACUACUCAUGAAGCUCCAAGUAUGGAUCAAAACCCACAGGAAGAUACAGUAAUGGAAGAAAAUACUGGCAACUCUGAUUAUGCUGAAGUUGGAACUGAUUCUGAUAUUAAGACCAAUGGUGUGAAACGAAAGGCUGAUGUCCUGAGUGAGGAGGAUUCCUUAGAUGAAGGUAGGAAGACUGUUUCCUUGGCAAAGGUGUCUUUUGCACAAAAGCCCUCUUUCAAGAUCGGUGAUUGCAUAGCCAGAGCUGCCAGUCAGAUGGCAGGAUCUCCUUCAGUUCUCAAGGGUAGUAACCUUGGUGAUGAAACUCUUUCUGUGGAGAGUUUUGUAUCCCAGCUUCACUCUGCAGCAACAGACCCUGUAAAAGAGAACCUUGUGUCUGAAAUGGCCACUGGCUUUUUCUUAGACUUCCGAAACUCAUCGGCCUCGCAGCAGUAUGUUCCAGAGAAGGCAAGCAGUAAAAGAGGUAGACCAUCCAAUUCGAAUGCAGGAGGAGGAACUGAAGCAUUUGAGUUUGAGGAAAUGGGAGACACGUACUGGACUGACAGGGUGAUCCAUAACGGUGGUGAAGAGCAAACGCCAGCUGCUACUGAGAAAGAAAACUAUCAAGUUGUGCCGGUUGAGCUGAAACCUGCUCAGGUCAAAAAGACUCGUCGUCCAUACAGAAGAAGACAGUCUCAGAUCAGUUAUCCUCUUCCUUCAGCUUCAGACAAACCAGCGGACUUUGAUGAGAAUGCACCAGCUGAGCUUAUAAUGUACUUUUCUGAAACGGAUACAAUACCUUCUGAGAAGAGCCUGAGUAAAAUGUUCAGGCAUUUUGGACCAAUAAGGGAUUCACAGACUGAGGUUGAUGAGGAGAAAAACCGGGCUAGGGUAGUUUUCAGGAAGGGUGGUGAUGCGGAGGUUGCUUACAAGAGCGCAGGAAAGUUCAACAUCUUUGGGACGAAAGCUGUGAAUUACGAGCUCAGCUUUACCAUUACUGAAACAUUCAAAGUUAAGCCUUAUGUUGUGUCUUUAGGCCAGGAGGAAGGAGCGGUAUCUCUUCCUUCUUAGAUGUAGUUCUGAUUCAAGCAUGGUUCAGUUCAGGUGACAACAAUUGGCAGUCAUCAAGAAGAGAAGUAAACGAUGAAGUGGCUCUCAAUGGAAUGUGGAGGCUAUUGCUUGUUUGUUUGUGACCUUUUAGGUAGAGAGAGAGAGAGAGAGAGAGAGAGAGAAAUUUAGGAUGUGUAAUAGUUCGGCAGAAUAAUAUGUAUUUUCUGGAGACCAGAGUUCUUGUUUAUGUGCCGUAAUAUGUCCAGUCUAGAGAGUCAAUCUUCCUCUUUCUUGUUCUUAUUGUUGACUUAAAAACAUUUGAUUUUCUGUUACUUAAUCGAGUGAUGUUAAAGUGA